AUGCGAACAGGUAGUGAAGUUAUCGUCCAAUGGGACAUGGAGAGCAAGUCAGCCGGCACAGGUGCCCAGCAGGAGCACGCAUGGGAGGUGUCCCUGUCGCGCAACGAGACCUGCUUCGUCCACGAAGAUGAUGCUUCGGGGCCCUGUGGCCAGGGCCGGGUCGCACGGUACUCGGCGAUGGUGGACAAUGCGGAGCAGGUGCAGAAAGCUGUCAAGUUUGCCCGAGAGCGAAACCUGCGACUAGUGGUGAAGAACACCGGGCAUGAUUCGGGCGGGCGAUCCAGUGCGCUGGAUUCCUUUCAGAUCCUGACACAGCGUCUCAAAGAGAUCACCUUCCUCGACAAUUUCGUGCCUACUACUGAGCAAGCCGAUGAAAGAGACGCAAGGUCCAAGGGACGCAGCGUCAGAAUCGGGGCCGGCGUUCUGACGAAAGAGCUCUACGCUGCGGCGGAUGAGCAUGGGCAUACGGUUCUGGCGGGCGAAUGCGCCACGGUUGGCUUUGCCGGAGGAUACCUUCAGGGAGGAGGCGUGUCGACGGCGCUUUCACCUAUGAAGGGACUGGCCGUAGACUUGGUGCACGAGUUCGAGGUCGUCACUGCAGAGGGCGAGCUCGUGAUCGCGAACGAGCUCCAAAAUCAAGAUCUUUUCUGGGCACUCCGCGGUGGCGGCGGAGGAACCUUUGGCGUUGUGACCAGUCUCACGAUGCCCGUCUUCGGCGAGAUCCCAGCGGUUGUAUCGAAUCUGAUGUUCAUGAGGCCUGAACGAGACGAGGCCUUCUGGGAGGCCGUCAAGCAGGUUCUUUACACCGUGCGCAGUCUGUCCGUGAACCACAGCUCUGGUCAGUAUUGGAUCGGUCGUGCUCCGACCGGUGAUUACUUCGUGCGACUCACGCAGUUCUUCAUCAGCGAGACCGAUGCGGACGAGGCAGACGGUAAGUUCUCAGCCCUCCUAGAAUCCCUCCAACGGCACGGCAUCGCCGGAGAUCUCCAGUCCACGGCCUACGCGCGAUUGAGUUCGUUCUUGGCGAUCCCUCAGGGCGAGUUUGUCGGCGGCAUUCCCUUCCACCAGGAGAAUAUCCUCAUCCCGCGGGAAUCGUACGACAGACCGGAAGGACCGGCGCAGAUGGUCGACCGGCUGGCCGCCCUUGACCUGCGGCCCGGAGAUACCUGGGUCGCGAAUACCCUCGGUGGCCGGGUGGCGACGAACGGCGACGUGGUGAACACGGCGAUGCAUCCCGGCUGGCGGACGGCGGCCAUCCUGCUGGUCGGCAAUCGAGUCUUCGAGCCCACGUUGAAGGACCAGCGGGACGUUCAGCGUCGCGUCACCUCUGUCGAAGGGCCCGUCCUGCAGUCGAUCAGCCAGCCCAGCCCGGUCGCCAUGUACUUGAACGAGGCGGAUUCGGAGCUGGCGGCCUGGCAGCAGUGGUUCUGGGGAGAGAAGUAUAAUCGACUGCGAGAGAUCAAGGAAAAAUGGGAUCCGGAAGGUCUGUUCAUCGUGCGACAUGGGGUCGGCAGCGAGGAUUGGGACGACGACGGCAUGUGCCGUGUUGACGGAUGGACGGAAUUUGAUCCCUUUUGGUGCCUUUAUCAACCACUUGAGUGUGGGCGGCGGUACAUCCCUGGCCUGGUCUAG